AUGCAGAACGAGGACGUAUACAUUCUUUCAGCGGCUCGUACGCCCGUAGGAUCGUUUCAAGGUGUGCUAAAGUCGCAAACGGCUGUGGAUUUGGGCGUCGUCGCAGCGAAAGCUGCGAUGGAGCGUGCGCAGGUCGCGCCUAGUGACAUUGAAGAGGCGUACAUCGGCUGUGUAUUGCAGGCAGGCGUGGGUCAGGCACCGGCACGACAGGUCGUGCUUCGUGCUGGCUGUGCAGAGAGUACCGAGGCCACGACAGUGAACAAGGUGUGUGCGUCGGGUCUCAAGUCGGUCGCGCUUGGCCAGCAGAGCAUUCGUCUGGGUGAGAGGCAAUUGGUACUGGUGGGUGGCAUGGAAAGCAUGAGCAAUGCACCGUACUACAUGAAGCGGAAUAGCCUGGUCUAUGGCGAUGUGAAAGCGCUGGAUGCAGUGCUCAACGACGGUCUCACGGAUGCGCUGGAGCACCACCACAUGGGCAUUUGCGCGGAAGCCACCGCGAAGAAGCACGGGUUCUCGCGUGAAGAUCAAGACAACUAUGCGAUUUCGUCGUACGAGCGGUCGACAGCAGCAUGGGAUCGCAAGGCAUUUGAGGCGGAGACGGCACCUGUGACGAUCACAGACAAGCGUGGUUCUACGGUCGUGUCGGAAGAUGAGGAGUUCCGCAAGUUCAAUAAAGAGAAGAUGGUGAAGCUGCGUCCUGUGUUUGAUGCGCAGGGCACUGUGACUGCUGCAAAUGCCAGCUCGCUGAACGACGGUGCGAGUGCGCUGGUGCUUGCGAGUGGUAGCACAGUCCAGAGCCGCUCGUUGAAGCCGUUGGCGAAGAUCUUGGCUACGGCGGAUGCGGCUUGUGCGCCGAUUGACUUCCCGACGGCACCUGCGCUGGCCAUCCCUCGCGCACUCGAGAAGGCGGGUCUGACCAAGGACCAGAUUGCGCACUGGGAAAUCAACGAAGCGUUCUCGGUCGUGGCGCUCGCCAACGCCUCGAUCCUUGGCCUCGACGCGGCGCGUGUGAAUCCACUAGGUGGAGGUGUGUCAUUGGGUCAUCCCAUCGGCAACUCAGGCUCUCGUAUUCUCGUGACGCUGGUCCAUGCGCUCCAGCCGGGUGAGUACGGUGUGGCAGCCAUUUGCAACGGUGGUGGUGGUGCUUCGGCCGUUGUAGUGCAGCGUAUGUAG